AUGGGCGCUACUCACUUUCGUCACUAUCCCGAAGUCCGCAAAGGGCCUGAGAAACCGUACGAGAAGGAGGACAUUGCUUUGCCGGUCCUCCGAGGGCCAUCAUUAAGCAUCAGUGCGACUGUAAUACACCAUUUGGAAUUCCUUCAAAAUCAUUUAUGGCGCAGCAGCGGCUUGACCAAUUUCCGCAAAGCAGAGAAUAUUCUCAACUCAUAUCAACCAAGGUUUGACCCAACAGUAUGGCCUAUACUGAGCAAUGAGUCGGAGCAAUCGUCGACUUCACUUCCGGCUCCUCAAGAACAGCGUGGCUCUAGUUUGUCGGGGUUUUGGACUUCGGCAGAUUAUCAUCAACGGUAUCUAUCCGGUGAUUUGACACCGACUAUUGUCGUUGAGACACUACUUCCCAUGAUCCAGAGAGACGCAAAACCACCUGGUAGAUUUUCCAUUGGGUUUUUGGAAGCGAAAAUAGAGCUGGUUAGAGCUGCGGCUGCGGCGUCAACUAAACGGUAUAGAGAGGGGAAACCCUUGGGCCCUUUAGAUGGUGUACCUGUCGCUGUUAAGGAUGAGGUCCAUAUGAAAGGUUAUAAAAGAACACUAGGUAGCAAGUCUGAUUUCUCCCAUGGAUUUGAUGUAACUUCGUGGUGUGUUGAGAAGUGGGAGGAAGCUGGGGCUAUUGUGAUUGGGAAGACAACUAUGCAUGAGAUUGGAAUUGAUACAACAAACAACAACCCCAAUACCGGCACUCCUCGCAACCCAUAUAAUCGCAACUAUUACUGCGGUGGCUCAUCUGGAGGAUCAGGUUAUGCUCUUGCUACCGGUCUCGUUCCAAUUGCUCUUGGUGCAGACGGAGGCGGCUCCAUUCGAAUUCCAUCUUCGUAUUGUGGCGUUUACGGCUUGAAACCCACCCACGGCCGCAUCUCUGCUGUUCCUACACCGUCACUAGCUCCCAGUGUUGGCGUGUAUGGGCCUAUGUCUUCUAACAUUGAUGACCUUGCACUCGCAUAUAGACUCAUGGCUGCGCCGCCUCCUAUUGAGGCGGAUAGUAUAGCUUCGGGGUUUUCGAACCCACUUGCUGAAAUACAAUUCAACACGAACACCAGGACCAUCGGUGUAUUCCAAGCAUGGAUUGACCGCUCCGAGCCAGCUGUUCGGAACAUAUUCGACCAAAUCAUAAAGCAUCUCAAAACCCAAAAAGGAUACAACAUUAUCGACAUAGAGAUUCCAUAUCUCCCCGAAGGCCAACAAGCACACGCACUCACAAUUCUCGCCGAACUCGCCGCAGGAAUCCCAGCAUCAGACGUUACUUCCCUACUCCCACAUACCAAAGUCCUCAUAACCGUCAGUGGAAGUAAAUCCACAGGGACAGACUAUAUAGCAGCGCAAAAACUGCGAAGUCUACUCAUGUCCCAUCUAUCAUAUCUGUUCACCACCCACCCAGGACUAUUGAUUCUCACGCCCACAGCGCCCAUAGCAGGAUGCGAAAUCAAAGGCGGAGAAAAAGAUCUAUCGCACGGGGUUAUGGAUACAUUUACAUCCACGAGGAGUAUGGAAUAUGUUUGGCUAGCGAAUUUUACGGGCUGUCCUGCUAUUAGUGUCCCCGGAGGAUAUGAUGAUAGUACAGGAAUUCCAGUCGGGGUGAUGGCGAUGGGAGAAUGGGGUAGUGAAGAGAGUUUACUGGAGUUUGCGAGGGAUACAACGGACACAGGGACUUUGGGAGUUGACGGACGAUUAAUGACACCCGUUGCUGAGCGUGGGAGAGAGGACCCUGCAUGGGUGGAUGUUAUUGGUGAAGCGGAGAGGAAGAUGAAUGGGUCGAAUGCUAGCAAGUUGUGA